CCCCGGUUCAACUGAUUUAGCGCGAUUCAGAAGCUCCGACCACUCGAAGCUACGGUCAUUCACUCCGUCAAGGCUACACUCCAUUCACAUCAGGUGCCGUUUCUUCUUUCACCAAUUCAUUAUUUCUGUCGCGUCGGCGUCGCAAAUCUAGCAAUCGACUUAUCCAGUGUUCUGCUUUGUCGCCGUUCGGUGGACCUGCGUUAGAAAUCGGAGUAAUUUAAUCGCCUUCUCAGAAGACGCUCUACAAUAUGUCUGACAUCGAUGCGGAUAUCAAGCGCGACGAAGAGCUCAGGCGCGAGGAAGAGCUCAAGCGCGAAGAAGAUGAGCGCCUCGACACAGCAGAAGACGAGCGCCACGGAGAUGAUGCCACCGAAGAGGAAGAGAUCUCAGCCAUGAGGCGUCGCGUGCAGGAGAUGGAAGAAGAAGCUCAGAAGCUGCGCGAAAUGCAGCAGUCGCUAGAUCACGAACGCCAUGAGAUGCGCGAAAGCAAGGAAGACGUCGACUCCCGAAGUGUCUUCGUUGGCAAUGUCGACUAUGGGGCCAGCCCAGAAGAGAUUCAAGCACAUUUCCAGAGCGUCGGAAGCAUCAACCGUGUCACUAUUCUGCUCGACAAGUUCACAGGGCAUCCAAAAGGGUAUGCGUAUGUGGAGUUCACAGAACCUAGUCUGGUCAACGAGGCUCUCGUCCUUGACAACAGCCAAUUUCGCAACCGGAACCUAAAGGUUGUGCCCAAGAGAACAAACUUGCCCGGCAUGACAAGGGGCGGCCGCGGCGGCCCCAGAGGAGGCCGUGGAGGAUUUGGCGGUCGUGGCGGGCCAUACGGUGGUCGGGGCGGCGGCUAUGGUGGAGGUCGUGGCGGUGGCGGUGGCGGCGACUACGCUCCUCGUGGCGGCGGCUACCGUGGGGGAUACCGUGGCCGUGGAGGCUCUGGCUACCGCCCAUACUAGUGAAGCGGUGUCUGAUGAGCAGACUUUGGUCUACAGGACUUGCGGGUUGUAAUUGUUUCGGUCGGAAUGCGGACGACAAAAUUGUGCUGAGAUCCUUUAGGUGGAUCCGAAAGAGCUUGUAUCAUACUACUAUGUGCAUGACAAGUCAAAGCCAAUCAUUGCAGUAUUUUCAUAUUUGACUAUCGAGCUGCCAACCAACAUCUAUGAAUACGAUUUGAUCCUAAG